CUGCCCGAGCAGUUCAGUUCAGGAAGAAGAAAUAAUGGCGACGCUUCUGGGGUCCGAGUCCCCCUGUACCAGAGGAAAACGAAGACAUUUAAACGGCAACAUCGUCAAGAACUUGACGGCCGGUAAAAUUACUGGCCAAGGUUUCAGUCGAGGGACGCAGCUCCCCGGAGGCCUGCUCCUGGAGAGAGAUAAACGUGCAAAGUGGAAUGGCAUCCCUACUCUGCUGAAGAAGCUGUAUGAGAGCAGCCAUCCGAACAGUGACCUCUCCCAUGCCCACACCUUCCUAAAGGCAUUAUCAUCCCAGCUCUCCAUGGAGGCUAUGUCCUUUGUCACAGAGGACAGGAAAACCGCUCAGGAAUCCACCUUCCCCAACACAUACACCUUUGACCUCUUUGGUGGAGUCGAUCUGCUUGUGGAGAUUAUGAUGAGACCCACACUAACUAUGCAGAAGAAAAAACCCAAAAUGAAUGAUGACUUGGUCAAAGACUGCCUUAGUGUUCUCUACAACUGUUGUAUAUGUACGGAGGGGGUCACAAAGAGCCUGGCAGCGAGGGACGACUUCGUCCUGUUUCUCUUCACACUCAUGACAAACAAGAAGACCUUCCUUCAGACUGCAACUCUAAUUGAAGAUAUUCUUGGAGUAAAGAAGGAGAUGAUCCAGUUAGAGGGCAUCCCCAACUUGUCAGGCCUGGUCCAAAGCUUUGACCAACAACAGCUGGCCAACUUCUGUCGCAUCCUGUCUGUCACCAUCUCAGAACCUGAUGUAGGAAACGAUGACAAGCACACCCUGUUGGCCAAAAAUGCCCAGCAGAAGCGCAACGCUAGCCCCUCACGGGCAGAGGUCAACCAGGUAACCUUGCUGAACAUCCCUGGCUUCAUCGAGCGGUUGUGUAAGCUGGCCACUAGAAAAGUGUCUGAAGCCACAGGGUCGAACUUCCUGCAGGAGCUGGAGGACUGGUACACGUGGCUGGACAACGCUCUGGUGUUGGAUGCCCUCAUGCAGAUGGCGACAGAAGAGGCUGAACAAAGCAGUACAGAGUCUUCAGAUGAAAGCUCUCUGGCCACCAGCCCUCUCAGACAUCGACUGCCCCAGUCCAUGAAGAUUGUCCACGAGAUCAUGUAUAAAGUGGAAGUGCUCUAUGUGCUCUGUGUCCUCCUCAUGGGCCGACAGAGGAACCAGGUUCACAAGAUGCUGGCUGAGUUCCGUCUCAUCCCGGGGCUCAAUAACCUGUUUGACAAGCUGAUCUGGAGGAAAUACACAGCUUCAAACCAUGUGGUGCACGGCCAGAAUGAGAACUGCGACUGUAGUCCUGAAAUAUCCUUCAAAAUCCAGUUCUUGCGGCUACUUCAGAGUUUCAGUGAUCACCACGAAAACAAGUAUCUCCUCCUGAAUAGCCAAGAGCUGAAUGAACUGAGUGCCAUAUCCAUGAAGGCUAAUAUCCCGGAGGUGGAAGCUCUUGUGAACACAGACAGAAGCCUGGUGUGUGAUGGGAAGAAGGGGCUCCUCACACGCCUCCUCACGGUCAUGAAGAGGGAACCCCCAGACUCCUCUUUCAGAUUCUGGCAGGCGAGGGCAGUGGAAAGUUUUCUCAGAGGAGCCACAUCCUAUGCAGACCAAAUGUUUCUCCUGAAGAGGGGACUACUAGAGCACAUCCUGUUCUGCAUCAUAGACAGCGGUUGUACAUCUCGAGAUGUCCUCCAGAGCUACUUUGAUCUGCUUGGAGAGCUCAUGAAGUUCAACAUUGAUGCCUUCAAAAGAUUCAACAAAUAUGUCAACACUCCAGAGAAGUUUCAGACUUUCCUGACACAGAUCAACAGCUCUUUGGUAGACUCCAACAUGCUGGUGCGCUGCAUCGUCCUCUCACUGGACCGCUUCGAGAGCCAGACUGAAGAUGUCAAAGUGGUGGAGGUACUGUCAGAGUGCUGCUUGCUGUCCUACAUGGCCAGAGUUGAGAACAGACUCUCCUUCCUCUUCCGACUCAUCAACAUCAUCAACGUGCAGACACUCACGCAGGAGAAUGUGAGCUGUUUAAACACCAGUUUGGUGAUCUUGAUGCUGGCCAGAAGAAGGGCUAAACUGCCUUUCUACCUUAAUGCCCUGCGGGAGAAGGAGUUUGCUGAGAAGUACCCGGGCUGCCUGCUCAACAACUUCCACAACCUACUGCGCUUCUGGCAGCGCCACUACCUCAACAAGGACAAGGACAGCACCUGUCUGGAGAAUAGCUCCUGUAUCCCCUUCAGCUACUGGAAGGAGACGGUGUCAGUGCUGCUGGGCUCAGACAGGACUUCUCUGUGUGCCAUAGCGAGCUACAUCGACGAGCCCUUCAUGGAUCUGGACAGAGACCUGCUGGAGGAUUGACCUGCAGCGUGUGCACUCGGUGCUCUGGGGGUGGGACGGGGCAGACGGUCGCAGGGAGCAUGGACAUCUAAAGCUUGUGUCGAUGACGACUCCGCUGAGCUGAGGCAUCCAGGCGCUCCGUUAUUGCCCUCUGGAUGUUAAAGACUCAACUGAUUGCUGCCUGUCCCUUCGCAUGGAGGCCGUCAACCACAAACGUGAGCAGACGGGGGAAUUUUUAAGUUGCCAUCCUCUUCUUGACAAGAGGCGAUGGACACCCUGAAUGCCCACUCCAGAUUGGCCACACGGUAUCACAGACUAUUAAUGGACCUUGGAAAAUGACGCCUGCAUUGGUUGUUGGCUUUAGGUGAAGUUCAAAGAGCCUUUUAUAUAACCUAUACAAAAUUCUAUAAAAAAAAAAUAUAUGUAUGAUUCAACAAAAUGAUAUGUUAGACAAAAAGAUCUUUUCACACGGACUUGGUUUGGAAAUGAUCAGAGUGGACUUUCACGCAGAUAAGAGGUUGGUGGUGUCACAGUGCUACCAGGAGUCACCAGCUUCACUCUCACACUACCUUCACGCUCUCCAUGUCACUCCACUGCCUGACCCGAGUGCAAAGCUGGUGACAGUGGAGCUUUUGCAGGGGUCUUCUCAAAGCAGCAUCUUCAUUUAACCUAUCUGUGGGUCUAUUCUAUUAGGUGGCUAUUGUUGAUUGGUGCUUUCUGGUUCUACUCUGCACAUUUUAGGAGGCUCGAGGGCCGGCUUGACUUGUCCCACAUAUCACGCGGGGUUCCUCUCACCUAAAAACCAUCCGUUCUGUCGGGGGCGUCAGAAGCCUCACCCAGGGACUCGUCUUUUUUUUCUUUUUUCUUUUCGGGUUAUUUUGUUGAUUUCUUUUUCGUCUUGUUUAAAACAACGGCUUUUAGCUCUGGAUAAACUGUAGAAUAAAACAUUGCACAGAUGGAUUGUUUUUGUUUAUUAUAUUUUAACACGUGUUCAUUAAAAACAACUUUAUUGUGUAAUUGAA